AGGGAAAAAAAGGCUUCAGGCUUUCCGAUUGUUAACUUUUUUGCCUUCCACGGUGGUGACGAGCGCCGGCGGGGGAAGGUGGUGGUGGUGGAGGGGAAUAACGACGUCAAAGGGACGAAGAAUGCCUCCGCUGAUCUACCAGCCAUCUUCCAGCGACUAACUCCAGAUUUCAACGCCAACCCAGUUCGGCUAAGCACUCUCCAAGUUGUGGUUUCCUUGUCAGUUACGGAUUCGUGGUCAGCUCUCUCCGUUGGAAAGCCGAUUGAUUGGGUUUCUGCUCUGUUACUCUCUUACUUGGUAGCUUCUUCAUGCUUGAUCCCGGUCCCAGCAUUGCUGAAUUGUUGAGCAGGCGAUCAUGAAUUUCCUCAUUGGAGCUUUCAAGCCACCCUGCAACAUUUCGAUCGUUUUUGCUGAUAGAAGAACUCGAAAGCAGGUUGCAUUGAAGAAGGAAAAUGGCCAGACAGUCAUGGUUCCUCUGUACCAGAGUCAAGAUAUCAUUGCUGGAGAGGUUGUUGUAGAACCUGCGCAAGGGAAGAAGGUUGAACAUAAUGGAAUAAAAAUUGAGUUGCUUGGCCAGAUAGAACUAUAUCUUGAUCGUGGAAAAUUCUACGACUUUACUUCCCUUGUGCGUGAACUUGAUGUCCCUGGCGAUUUGUAUGAAAAGAAAUCAUAUCCCUUUGAGUUUUCAACUGUGGAGAUGCCGCAUGAGUCUUACAGUGGAGUCAAUGUGAGGCUUAGGUAUAUAUUGAAGGUGACUAUCAGUCGGAACUAUGUCAACAACAUUGUUGAAUACCAGGAUUUCGUGGUGAGGAAUUACACUCCACAACCACCAGUCAACAACAGCAUCAAGAUGGAAGUUGGAAUCGAGGAUUGCCUUCACAUAGAAUUUGAAUACAGCAAAAGCAAAUACCAUUUAAAGGAUGUAAUCAUUGGGAAAAUCUACUUCCUUCUAGUGAGAAUUAAGAUUAAGAAUAUGGAGCUUGAAAUACGGCGUCGUGAGUCCACAGGAUCAGGACCCAACACGUACGUCGAAACAGAGACACUUGCCAAAUAUGAGUUGAUGGAUGGUUCCCCUGUGAGAGGAGAAUCAAUUCCGAUCAGACUAUUCCUAAGUCCAUAUGAGUUGACACCAACAUACCGAAACAUCAACAACAAGUUCAGUGUCAAGUAUUACUUGAAUCUCGUUCUAGUUGACGAAGAAGGUCGACGGUAUUUCAAGCAGCAAGAGAUCACUGUAUAUCGACUUCUAGAAACUCCUUGAUCCUCACUUAUGCCAGGUUGUGUGACUGUGUUGACACGGGAAGAAUGACAUCCCCACAAACUCGUUUGCAGUCCAUGAGACGUCAGAGUAACCGCAACCCGCACAAUAGUCUUGUUGUUCGUUUCGGCACUUUGAUUGGGCGUAUUGUUUCGCUUGAUGCCAUUUUCUAAGAAUCUGGUGAUCUGAUGAGUUUAGUUAUGGAACGAUCCAGCAGAGGGCAAGCACCAACACUCCACCAGCUGAUGACUCACACCUCGCUGCCUCUCCUGAUGACGGUUCCCGAACUCCAAAAUACCAUCUUGCUUCCCCCUUCAGCAUCCCUUCCUCCACAGAAGCAGCAGCCCUGCGAAUCGCCAGAAGCCUGACUCAAUACAUCCUCCACUACACGCACUUUGUGUGGAUCGUGCUCUUCAUCACCCUUAUUCCAGAGAGGAAGGUGGCUCUGAUAUACAUGGUGAUCAUGACUUACGUCGCAUCACUGUAUCUGCUCGUCUUGCGAACAUUCCCAGGUUCAAUUUUCCUGCACAAGUUUAUAGACAAGCGUCUGGUGCUGAGCCUGCUGGUGAUCGCCACGAUGGUGGGGAUUAUCUUCAACGGCGCUGCUUUGCAUCUUCUCGUCACCUUGGCAGCCACCACGCCGUUGGUGUUGGUUCAUGCGAGCAUGUGGAUUGGAGAGGACGCCAUGGUGGCGGCUGCUGGUGAUAAGGAGGCUGCAGAUUUUCUUCCAGUUGUGCAGCAGGAGUCGCAGCAAGGCAGUAGGUAGUAUUGAAAUAAGUUGACAAGGAAAUACAGAGGAAAUAUCUUACUCAUGUCAUAUUAUCCUUCAAUUUUUCCAACCCAACAAUUUCUUGCUGGUGGCUAGGGUUCAAGCAAGCAUCACAAUAUCGAGCUUAUUAGGGUGUGCAACGGUCCGGUCCGGUUAGAAUCGGAUUAAAUUCUUGAGAAGCAUGGUCCAAUAUUGAAAGACUUCUAAGGCAAAAGGCCGGACUAACAUUGUAUUUGAUCUAUUUGGUUCGGUUUGAUCCGAUUCAAAUUUCACUUCGGU